AUGGAGCUGAGGCCGCAGAUCGAGGGGGUGAUAAGUCAAUUUAUGCAUCAAUCUCAGGCCGAACACUUAGAAGCUGCACUGAGGAUAGUUCGAUAUUUGAAGGGAACCGUUGGACACGGAAUAGUGUUUAAGAAAAAUGGAGACUUGGACAUCCAUGGGUAUACUGAUGCAGAUUGGGCAGGUAAUCCAGUGGAUAGAAGGUCGACUUCAGGCUACUUUACAUUCGUUGGAGGAAACUUAGUAACGUGGAAGAGUAAGAAGCAGAAGGUGGUAGCCCUAUCUAGUGCGGAGGCAGAAUUCAGGGGAAUUAAGAGUGGUCUGACCGAGAUCAUGUGGUUGAGGAAAUUGAUGACAGAGAUUCUAGUCCAAGUAAGAGUCAGUUAUACUGCGACAACAAAGCCGCCAUAA